AAACCCAUAUAGGUAUUACCUAAGAAAACACAAUUUAAUUCAGCUCCAUGAACCCUUAAACCAUGUGCAUCAAGCCACAUAAUUCUUCAACUUAAAUUUGCUGUUUUCCUUUCUGACAAACAACCUACAGGAUGAGGAGCGUCCAUGAAAGACCCGUACUCGAGCGAUAAGAUAAGCCUUGAAAUUCUUUGGAUACAAAGGCAUCUAUAAAUCCAUUUGCCGACUCUAGGACGGACCAGAAAGAUCCAACAAUUUGAUGGUCAGAAUCUUCUGAUCCACAUAUUUGAGCGUCUAGACGAAAUAUAUGUAAACAAAAGAAACGAGAGGCCAGGUGCGCACCCGCUCGUCUCGUCUCGUCUCCACCAAAAGCCCCUCUCAAAGGCCAUGUCCAAAUAGAUCGGUAGACCUCCCCCUCUCUCUCCCUCCCCCGGGUUCUUCCACUUAUUGGUUCUCUUAUGUCGUCCCUCUCCUCUUCUCUCCGCCUCUUCUCCCCCAAACUCCGCCAAACCUUCCCCAAAUCCCCCUUCCUCCCUUCCAAACCUUUCUUCUUCUCUUCUCCCAUCUCCUUCCAACGCCUCCCUAGAUCCCCUCUUUCCGAGCCCCUCAGAGCCCAGCAGCAGCACCAGCGCCAGCAGCGAGAGGCCGAGGUCGAUCUCUCCGUGCUACCUCCCAGAUUGCAAGAAAUCAUCGCCCUCUUCCAGACUGUCGCGGAACCCAAGGCCAAGUACCAACAGCUUCUCCACUACGGCGCCCAGCUCCCCCCUCUCGACCCCCGCUUCAAGACCGACGACCAUCGCGUCCGCGGCUGCGUCUCCCAGGUCUGGGUCCGCGCCUUCCGCGACGCCGACGACCACGCCGCCGUCCGCUUCGAGGCGGACUCCGACUCCGCGCUCACCAAGGGACUGGCUGCGCUCCUUGUCUUCGGUCUCUCUGGCUACCCCGCUACCGUCGUCGCCUCCGUCCCGCCCGGCUUCGUCCACCUGCUCGGCCUUCAGCAGAGCCUUACGCCCUCCCGGAAUAACGGGUUCCUGAACAUGCUCAAGCUCAUGCAGCAGAAGGCCCUCCAGUUCUAUUCCGAGGUCGGUGAUUCGGAAAUUAACGGGGUUUCAGAAUCCAAGGGAUCGAAUUCGGGUGCCAAAGAUGGAGUCUUGGACGAUAAAAAUACGAUCUUGGGUGAAAAAACUGAUAAAACUGGCAAAGAUUCGAUCUUUGGAGAGGUUUCGAGUGCAAACUGGAGCGGCGAUUCGCUACCCUUUGGGGAUUUGAUGGUUGAUGGACAUGGUAUGAAUAGCGCCGAUGGAGUGCAGAAAAGUUCGAAUGGUGGGAUUGGUGGGAGAAGGGAGAGGAUAAGGCAGAGAUUGGAGAGGGAGCUCUCUCCGGUGGAAUUGGAAGUGGAGGAUAUAUCAUAUCAACACGCCGGCCAUGCUGGGGUUAGGGGGAAUGGUGAUGGAGAGACCCAUUUCAAUCUGAGGGUGGUAUCCAAAGAGUUUGAAGGGAAGAGUUUGGUGAAGAGGCACAGGCUUGUUUAUGACUUGUUGCAAGAGGAGUUGCAGAGUGGGUUGCACGCCCUCUCCAUAGAUGCAAAGACUCCAUCUGAAGCCUAAUCCUGUUAAAUAUGCACUGAAUGGCUCCAGGUUUUGUUACUUUGUUUGUUUUUUUGUUUGUUUUUUUUUUCAAUCCCCCCUCUUAAAUUAAUCGAACAUGAGCUUUUCCAAACAUAGGGAGAUGCUGCAUUGUUUGAAUGCGUAGAUUAUCUUGUUAUCCUGCUGAUUAUAAAACCAAUUAUCUAGCUGACUAUAAAACCAAUGUUGAAAAAGUUGAAGACUACGUUAUUUUAAAUUCUAGCUGUCUUCAUUUUUUCUUCAAAAAAUUUGUCUUCCAAUUUGGUUAUUUGGUUUGUAUUAGUAACCUCAAACCAAAUAUGUUUGUUGAGAAUAAAAUAUUGUACACUGACUAAAAAAAACAGAUUAAAAGUUGGCUUCUUUCUUUGUA